AUGGGGAUCCGGGAGUUCCCCAACGGCUCCGCGCGGGGCAAAGCCGCCACCCUCGGCAUGCGGCGCUCCCCCGAUGUCAGCCCCCGGCGGCUGUCCGACAUCAGCCCGCAGCUGCGGCAGCUGAAGUACCUGGUGGUGGAUGAGGCUAUCAAAGAGGACUUGAAGUGGUCCCGCUCCGUGGAGGACCUCACCAGCGCUUCCGUGGGUCUCACCUCUAUCGAGGAGCGGAUCCUCCGCAUCACCGGCUACUACGGCUACCAACCCUGGGCCGCCAGCUACAAGCGGGAUGAACGCUCCCGGGAAUCUCCAGCCCCAGCGGAAGCACAGAUGCAAGCUGGGGCGGACGGUGGCGGAAGAGUGAACCGCUGUUGCUGGAAAUGCUCUGUGACGCAACUCAAGAAGAUUUUCUGGGGUGUGGCCAUGGUCCUGGGUGUCUGCUCCUCUUGGUCAGGUUCAACACAGCUAGCAAAACUGACCUUUAAGAAAUUUGACGCACCCUUCACUCUAACGUGGUUUGCAACAAACUGGAACUUUUUAUUCUUUCCUUUGUACUAUCUUGGACAUGUUUUUAAGUCAGCUGAAAAGCAGUCUCCAAAGCAAAGAUACAGGGAGUGCUGCCGAUUUUUUGGAGACAAUGGCUUGACUUUGAAGGUGUUUUUUACCAAGGCAGCACCCUUUGGUGUUCUUUGGACACUCACAAACUACCUUUACUUACAUGCAAUAAAGAAAAUAAACACUACGGAUGUCUCCGUGUUGUUCUGCUGCAACAAAGCUUUUGUGUUCUUGCUUUCAUGGAUCGUUCUGAGGGACAGGUUCAUGGGAGUGAGGAUCGUGGCUGCUAUAUUUGCCAUUGCAGGUAUAGUUAUGAUGACAUAUGCUGAUGGGUUUCACAGCCACUCUGUUAUUGGGAUAACCCUGGUGGUGGGCUCUGCCUCAAUGUCUGCUCUCUACAAGGUUUUAUUCAAACUUCUUUUGGGCAGUGCUAAAUUUGGAGAAGCUGCCUUAUUCCUUUCUGUGUUAGCUGUCUUCAAUGUCCUCUUCGUUACCUGUAUUCCUGUAAUCCUUUAUUUUACCAAAGUGGAGUACUGGAGCUCUUUUGACGUCAUUCCUUGGGGAAACCUCUGUGGAUUUUCGAUUCUCUUAUUGACAUUCAAUAUCCUACUGAAUUUUGGGAUUGCUAUUACCUACCCCACCUUGAUUUCUCUUGGCAUUGUACUGAGUGUCCCAGUAAAUGCAGUUGUUGAUCACUACACGAGUGAAAUUGUCUUCAACAGUGUUCGAGUAAUCGCCAUCAUCAUUAUCGGCCUGGGCUUCCUCCUGCUGCUCUUGCCAGAGGAAUGGGAUGUCUGGGUAAUUAAGCUCCUCACGCGCCUCAAAGUCCGGAAGAAGGAAGAAAUCCCCGAGGGGAAUGGAGACAUUGCUUCAGGACUGCCUAAUAAAAGCCGGAGAACUCGCCCCUCCAUGUCAUCCUUUGCUCAUUAA